CAGGAGCCCCGCACCCUCCCCACUCCCGCCGCCAGACUUCACGGGAGCCGGAGCCGCAGGGAGGUGGACCCUGACAGCUGCCGGUGGAGCGCAGGGCGGGGACCGAGUGUGUGCCCCGCCCCACCCGCCCUCCCUCUGUGGUGGCCGUCCGGGGGCGACACGUCCUAAGAGCAGAGCGCCAGACGGAAGCACGGCCGGGACUGACACGUGGCCUUGGGCGGCGCUGCCCCGUGUGGGUUGGAGAGGCGGGCGCCCGACCUGGACGCGCUGUGCCCGCGGACGGCUGCCCCCCAUGCAGCCGCUGCCACCGGAGGAGGCCCGCAGGGACGGGGCUGAGGACGCCCAGUGGUCCAGGCCCGAGUGCCAGGCAUGGACGGGGACGCUGCUGCUGGGCACGGGCCUGCUGUACUGCGCCCGGGUCAGCGUGCCCGUGUGCGCCGUCUCCAUGAGCCAGGACUUCGGCUGGAACAAGAAGGAAGCCGGCAUCGUGCUCAGCAGCUUCUUCUGGGGCUACUGCCUGACUCAGGUGGUGGGCGGCCACCUGGGGGACCGGUAACCACCCCUCCUCCCGACGCGCCCCGGGGCUGCCCCGGGGGGAGGCGGCUCCCGCAGGAUGAAUGUGGGGCCAGGCCUGGCCUGGAGAGAGGCAUCGGCCGAGAGGACCGAGGUCCGUGGAGGAGGCGGUCCGGGGGCAGGAUCGGGGGUGAGAAGGUCAUCCUGCUGUCCGCCUCCGCCUGGGGCUUCAUCACUGCCGCCACCCCGCUGCUCGCCCGCCUCAGCAGUGCUCACCUGGUCCUCAUGACCUUCUCGCGCAUCCUCACGGGCUUGCUCCAAGGGGUCUACUUCCCGGCGCUGACCAGCCUGCUGUCACAGAAGGUACGAGAGAGCGAACGUGCCUUCACCUACAGUGCCGUGGGGGCCGGCUCCCAAUUUGGGACGCUGGUGACGGGGGCCGUGGGCUCCCUGCUCCUGGACCGGUACGGCUGGCCUAGCGUCUUCUACUUCUCCGGCGGGCUCACCCUGCUGUGGGUGUGUUAUGUGCACAGGUACCUGCUGAGUGAGAAAGAUCUCAUCCUGGCCUUGGGCGUUCUGGUGCGAGGCCUGCGGGUGUCCAGGCGCACCAAAGUUCCCUGGAGACAGCUUUUCCGGAAGCCCUCUGUCUGGGCAGCCAUCUCCGCUCAGCUGUCGUCCGCGUGCGCUCUCUUCAUCCUCCUCUCCUGGCUGCCGACCUUCUUCAAGGAGACGUUCCCUAGCUCCAAGGGCUGGGUCUUCAACGUGGUGCCCUGGCUGGUGGCCAUCCCCGCCGGUCUGUUCAGCGGGUUCCUCUCCGACCAUCUCAUCAAUCAGGGUUACAGAACCAUCACUGUUCGGAAGUUCAUGCAGGUAGGGAGGUGGAAUGCUCCUCUGGACACCCCUGGUUUGUUCCCGGGACCUGGGGGUUGUGACCCCCCGUCUCCUGACCCAGAAAGCAUUCGGAGGUGCCCUGGGUCAGUGCUGGGGGCUGGUUUGGCCGACCUGAGGCCCUUCUCCCAGCUGUGCCCCCCCAGACCCCCGCACACGUCUCUGGGCCUGGGUCGCCCUCAUUCCCCUCUGGUCGGACAAGUGGGGGUCUCAUACCCGCUGGGCAGGCCUGGGAGGGGCUUUCCCAGUGACCUUGCUCAGUGCGCCCUGGGUGACCCCGGGAGGAGCCCUGUCGGCAGGCAUCAAUCCUCUCUCCCGCAGGUGAUGGGCCUUGGCCUGUCCAGCGUUUUUGCCCUGUGUUUGGGGCACACCUCGAGCUUCUGCAAAUCUGUGGUGUUUGCAUCAGCUUCCAUCGGCCUGCAGACCUUCAACCACAGUGGCAUUUCCGUCAACAUCCAGGACCUGGCUCCAUCCUGUGCUGGCUUUCUGUUCGGUGUGGCCAACACAGCUGGGGCCUUGGCAGGUGUCGUGGGCGUGUGCUUGGGAGGCUACCUCAUCGAGACCACGGGCUCCUGGACGUCCAUGUUCAGCCUGGUGGCUGCCAUCAGCAGCCUGGGGCUGUGCAUCUUUCUGCUGUUUGGAGAGGCCCAGCGCGUGGACCUGAGCCCUACCCACGAGGACCUCUAGCCGCCUCGGCCUGACGGUUCCCCGAGGACCCAGUGCUGCCCGCCUCGGGGCGUCGGGCUGUGUUGAAGAGCCUCCCACUCCUGAUCCCGGGUGUGUGAGCAGAGGGGGAUGGGCCCCAGCAGAGCCCGGGCAGCCCUGGUGGGCCUCAGUCUCUCCACCUGCCAGUGAGGUGAUCGCGCCCUCCCCCGGGGUUCGUGGGCUGGCAGGGGUGAGUGGGAUUGGUAUUUUGAGUAGCAGCUGCACUGUCACAGUCUGUCCCACGUAGGUCUGCGUGCCCACGUGGUCACUGGGUGGGAGGGCUGCCUGUCUGUCAUCACAGGGGCAGGGGCACCACCCAGCUGCACUCUUCCCUCAGACCUGCUCUGCUUUGCUUCUUGGCCCUGGGGCCAGAUCAUUCUUCCUGGGGGAUGCCGUCCUGCGCACUGCGGGCUGUUUAGCAGUUGGCCCCCGCCUACUAGGUGACCCCCUCCGCCAGUGAUGACAACCAGCACUGGCUUCUGGCCUCACCACAUGUCCUCAGGAGACUGUGCCUUGGGCCAGAACCGCGGGUCUGAUGGAGGCUGUUGGGGGUUGUGGGCUAGAUGUCCUCGCCCAUCUUUGGGGCCCCCCCUGGCACCCCCUGUGGGUCCCUCUCUGCCAGGGAUGCUUCUGGGGACCAGGGAGCCCUCCCACCUUGUCCUCCUCUCUCUCAUAACGAGAAACUGGUCAUCUCGUGAGUUUGUAAUAGAUUUUGCAAGAUGUCUAUGUAGAAGAACUAAGAAUGUGGAGAGAUCACACCAGACUUACUUAAAUGAUUAAACUGGAAAGGGAAGGCUGC